GAAAAGGCUCAAAGCCAGCUGUAUUUACGGUCUUCCGAGGAGAUCGCUUUGGUGCGAUUCUUGCUGCAGCAGGACGCGCUCGGCCAGCCGGUCCGCGUGAAGCACGUUCGCUCAAUCGCCUUUAGUCUGGCAUGCUCACGUAUUCUCGCCGACAAACCAGACAAGCCUCCGGGCAAGAACUGGUCGCGGUCCUUCUGCAAGAGGCAUCCUGACAUUUUGAAGGCCGGCAAGAGCAGUGCGAUGGACUGGAAUCGC